GAUGUCUUAAGACUUUAACAUUGUAGGAAUAAGUCAAUAUGAGGAUAAAUUAUUAUUGUAAAUAUUAUAUAUAAAGUAAGGGCUGGUUUGUAAUCAAAUAUACUAUUUUUUUCAUUGAAAACUGGUGAAACAUAAGAAUAAAAAUUGAAUCUUAACUAAGAAUGCAUAAUUAAUUAAGCUGAUUUCAUAAAUAAUCAGGAGAUUAUAAUAAGUGACAAUGAUAAUCAAAUUCGUAUUUUUGAUGCUGAUAAUUUAAACCAAGAAAAAUAUUUAGCAUUAUGUAAAUAAUAUCAAUAAUAAAAGGUUCUCAUUGUGUUAAUCAUUGUGCAAUUUAAUAAAAUUUAAUUAUAGCUUGUUUAGAUUAACCCUUGGUAUUUGGUCAUGAUAGAAGAUAAUAGAAACCUAUCUUUUCUUUAUAAGGGCAUUAAUGCAAUAAUUUUGCUGCUUAAUUUGAUCCCAUUAAUGAAAUGAAAGUAGCAACUUCUGGUGAGGAUAAACAAUGUAUAAUAUGGGAUUUGAGAAAAUAAGAAACUCCUUAUGAUAAAGUGGAUGCAAUUUCAAAACCCUUUUAUAAUAUUUUAUAUAAUAAUUAAGGUUAAUUGAUAUGCAUUGAAGGUGAAGAAUUUGUUUAGAUAGUUGAUGUGAAGAAUACAAAGUUAUAUUAAAUAAUUGAUUUUUUUGGAUAAUGUAGUGGAUGCACAUUUUACAAAGAUAAAAUGUUCUUCAAUUUGCAAUCUCAUCGAAAAAUGGGCUUAUUUGAGUAUAAUUUAAUUAAUAAUAAUAAUAAAUUUUGA